CUCAAUUCGCGACGACCACCCUACCACCACAGCAAGAAAGCUCUCCACUCUCCAAUUGACACACACCCGCUGAGAUCUCUACAGAUCGGCCGACACCCAUUCACCACACCCAAAGAUGUAUGCCCAACGCCAGGUCUUGCGCGCCCUGCGCUCCCCCGUCCUGCAGCGCCGUUUCGCAAGCACCGCCCCGAGGGCUGGCGAGACUGCCUUUGCUGCCGAGCGCCGUGCCGUCAAGGAGCACGCUGCCGAGUCCACCGGCCUCUGGAAGAAGAUUUCCAUCUUCGUCUGCAUCCCUGCCCUUUUCGGCGCCGGUAUCAACGCCUACUGGCUUUGGAACGAGCACUGGGAGCACUGGUCUCACUUGCCUCCUCUGGAGGAGCGUCCUGAGUAUCCCUACCAGAACAUCCGGACCAAGAACUACCAGUGGGGUGACGGUGACAAGACUCUCUUCUGGAACGACAAGGUCAACUACCACAACAAGGACAAGACUGCCUAAGAAGAAGACAAUCGACCCAACAGAGUUCUUGUACAUGUGACACGAACAACAACAACAAGAGGAGGCGUGAUGGCGAAAAGGAUGGAGGUAGAUUGAGAACGGCGGACGUAUAGAAGCAGAGGGCGGAUGGGGCGCACCGUCGACGGACGGACAGAUCGACCUGUGUACAUGUGUUCUAGAGUCGCAGCAAUCGAUUUGGCUACGUAUGCACUUGAACAGAGUG